AAAUUGUGUAGGUAUGAAAAUACCCUUUUUCCAACUUUCACUGGUAUAACUACGGCCAUAGGUUCAAGUUUGACGGGGCUGACUGGUUGAGGCAAAAAACUAAUUAAAAUUCGAGUAGAACUACAAGCCGUCGACCAAAAACACACAAGAAUUUUGAAAGCCCAAACGAUCCCAAAAUUGGCAAACUCUAAAUAUCACCCAAAAUAUUUCUAAUCCGCAAAUCCUAAAGACUUCAAUUUAUAACCCAAACAAUUUUUAAACCAUACAUGCAAGUUUUUAAAAAUCCAUCCUACGGCAAACACAUUUUAGAAAGAGUUCUCAAAAGUGUUAGUAUUUGAAUAAACAAACAUAAAUUUAAAAUAGUCAUGAUUCAUAUUUUUCUCAAACCAUAUUUGCUUAAUAUACAAAAAUUGAUUGACUAAGUGAAAAUAUUUUGGAAGUAAUUAAAAGAAUAAAAUUUGGAAGCUACAAAAAAUCAGAACAAAUUUAACUUUCCAUAUAAUGACUAAAAUAGAUUUUAUUAUUUUCAAAGCACUAUUUUCCUCCUAAAAAAAAAAACUAAAUUUUUAUCCUAAAUUAAAUAUCCUCUCAUCUCCCACCAAUACCGGAAUAAUCCUGCCUUGCUAUUUGAUUUUCGUUUCUCCCACUAACAAACUCUCACCUCCCGUUCCGGUAAAACAAAAAUAAGAUCUUUGUUUCUUUUUGGAAUGAAAAUGUAAACAAACACAAAAAAAAAAAAAAAAAAAAAAAAACAAAUUUGACGAAGACAACAUAAAACGUUAAAGAUUGAGGAAGACAGAAGUUUUGCUAUGGGGAGAAGCAUAAAGAUCGGAGGAUGAAACCUUCUUUAAUGGAUAGUCUACUAGGUCUCCUCCGUAUUCGCAUCAAACGCGGCGUCAAUCUCGCAGUCCGCGAUCUCAACAGUAGUGAUCCUUACGUCGUCGUCAAAAUGGGAAAACAGAAAAUGAAGACUCGAGUUAUUUACAAAGAUGUAAAUCCUGAGUGGAAUGAAGAUUUAACUCUCUCAGUUUCAGAUCCCAAUCUUACCGUCCUCUUGACGGUGUAUGACUACGACACGUUCACCAAAGACGACAAGAUGGGAGAUGCAGAAUUCGUGAUAAAGCCGUUUGUUAAUGCAUUGAAGAUGCACUUACAUGAUCUCCCUUCUGGGACCAUUGUGACCACGGUCCAGCCUAGCCGAGACAAUUGCCUAGCCGAGGAGUCUCGGGUUAUUUGGUCUGACGGUAAGCUCGUUCAAGAUAUAGUUCUUAGACUAAGACAUGUCGAGUGCGGUGAGGUUGAAGCUCAACUUCAAUGGAUUGAUCUUCCCGGAUCUAAGGGUCUAUAAUUUGUUUUUCUCUGUUUUGGUUAUGGGACUUAAUUUAAACCUGAAUUUUAAAAGCCCAAGUUAAUGUAAGCAAAAGAACUAGAAGAAAAAAAACGAUAGUAGGAAUUGUCUUUGUAUAUUUUGUUUAUUAUUUGUUUACUAAAUGACGUGUUUCUAUAAUCACUGGGGCAAGCAUACAAUUUAAGAAAGUUACGACGUUAUAAGAGGUAUCAAUUUUUUUUCACACAUUAGUGUUCGUGGAGGUAAAAAACCAAGCCCUUAUUAUAACUCGUUUGAAAUGUCACCACACUUCAACCAUGGAAAGGAAUUAUGUAGUAUUGGUAACUUUAAUCACUUACUAGCUGCCACAAAUUUCAUCUAGUAGUUGUAUACAUCAAAAUUAACUUAGGUGAGAAAAUCUCGAACCAAGGCACGUGAACAGAUUUAUGUCAUGUAUGACACAAGAUAUAGAGACCAGCAAAAAAAGAUAAAGAGAAGGAUCAAACCUACCACAACCCCAUCACCACUAUCAAGAAGAGAAAAGUGAAGAGAAGAGAAUAAGGUAUUCUCACUCCCACAAGAUAACCUUAGUACGUAGACCUUGCUUCUAUGAAAACAAGUUUAGAAGUUAUAUAAUUCUUACAUAAACUUUUCCCCAAAAAAAAUUAUAUAUCAUUCGUUCCUACUUCCUACACUAUAAUUUUGGACUUGUUUUUUUUCUUCUUCUAAAACUUCGUUUAUUUCACAAAAUAAAGUCGCAUAUACAAUAAUACAAACGCUUAUAUUCAAAGUUUUCCUCAGAAGAUUAGAGAAAGAAAAGAUCACUUUAGCCACAAAGUAUUUCCUAAUUUGUUUUUGUAUUUUAUUUUUUUGUGUAUAUAAAACUCACAAAAUUAAUUUUAGAGUUCAGUUGUUCAUUAAUUUCGUUUUCAAUUUCUUUAUCAAGUCCACUAUUUUAUUCCUUUCAAUACUCCACUAUGUAAUGUUGUUUGAUGGAAAGUUGCUCUCUUUCUUAACUCUCUCGAACCUUUCAGAGAGAGAGAAAAACCAGAUCUUUCUUUUUGAUUCCGAUUUCUAAUCGGAAUUAGCUUUUGUUUACACUUCCGAUCUCAUAUCGGCUGGAUCGGAUUUUAAUAGUUCCAGGCUUAUCUCUGUUUAAAGUUCUGGAUUUUGUUAUCUCUUUCUACAGGGCCUUAUUUUGAUUCCGUUCGCUUUGUUUGAUCUCCCUCUCCUUGCCGUCAGCUUGACUCUUCUCUCACGUCGGAUUAAUAUCUUCGUCAUCAUGCUUCUCCUGAAGUGGACCAAUUUAGGUCUUAGACGGAGUCUCCCUCUAAGAGUUUCGGGUUAAGAAGAUGAAGAUCCGAAGAAAUCUUCUUGCAAAGACGGAAGAGGUGGAUCGAAUCAAAAUUUGCAGCGGAGAGAUCUGUAGAAGAGCUCUGGUGGUGGAAUCCAGAAGCUAGGCGGCGGAGCUGCGUUGGAUGUGUUCUAAACCGGCGCCGACUGUAUCAACCCAUCUCCUUCUUGCGUGAUCUCAGUCUCCUAACACGUGGCACCUUUGAUCUCUUAUUAGAUAGGUUUAAGCAGUUUUAAUCAUAAUUAAGGUUGUAAAUGGGGGAGAUUUAGCUUCUGUUUUUUCACACUUUGUAUAGCCCAUUGGGCUUAAUUAAUGAAUACUUGGCCGACAAAAA